AUGCCACGACUACUCAAGACGCUGGUCCUGGCUACUGGCUUCGCAGCUCCGCUGUUCAAAUACCCGGUCUAUGCUGCCCUCAUCUUCACACUAACGAUAUUCUGGAACCACCUCUUUCCCUCACAAAUCCCAAGUCCAGAGUAUCUACUUCUACCGACCAAAAAGCCAUAUCUGGCAGCCUUAAAACCACUAGAACACCCAACACCAGUGCAAGGAGAGCACUGCCCAACCUGCUGGGAUGAACUAGACGCAACAAACUCACCCACAAAACUCUCUUGCGGCCAUGUCUUCUGCAAUCAGGAUAUCCUCGACUGGAUCAACUCUAGCAAAAACACAUGUCCUGUAUGCAAAGAAACUCUCUUCCAGCAAAGUAUGUUCCAAGGCAACGACUACUACGCCGAAAAGGUCCACAAAGCCAGAAUAUGUCUUGUGGCAACGAGUCUCCUCAUCUCCAUCUUCCGUCAACCCAUCGCUUUCAUCGCCUGUAAUCCCGCUCAUCUCUCCCAUAUGCACUGGACUUGGUCCUACCUCAAUCCACUCGCCUAUCUCACCGGCUAUGGCUCGAUAUUCAAGGAUAUCGGCGCCAUCGCUGUGGCAAUGGCUGAUAUAAUGCAACUGCUUUCCGCCUACUGGGGCUACAAAAAGAUGGGCGCUGAAUGGUUUCGCAUGUUCCCGGGCCGGUGGGAAUGGUGGCUAUUGAGUUUGUAUUCGCCAAUCAGUCAGAUUAAAGGUCAGAUUGAUGAGUGUGGGCAUUAUGCGUGGGUUGCGUGGAGGAUCUGUCAGUGGAGGUGGGAGGGCAGUCCGGGGAGUUUCUUGUUCUGGGGAAGCAGGGUGGUGUGGACUGAGGAAAAUGGCGUGAGAACCAUGGCUGAAGGCGUAGAUGAUUUGCUUGUGGAAGCUACGGCCGGCUGGAAUGAGUUUGGUAAUAAGGUCAUAUAA